GUCUCGACAGACCACCAUUGGGGUCGAACAAGUAUCAAUAGUUGGUCCCACAAUCAUUUUAAAAAAUUGGGCAAAAAUCCUACGGUGUUUGAUACGUAUAAGAAAGCAUAUAUGGGUAUUGAUGUACUGAGGGAAACCGGGCCAACUAUUAGUGAGGAAGGAGAUACAGAAGAACCGUAUAAUGGGAUAGCAACUCCUGAACAACUUCGCAUUUCGGCUGAUUUGGAACGAGUGUACGAUGAGACAAUUCGUGAUGGAAGUGACGAAAGCACGGCCAAUUCAAUUGCGAUAGAAAAAGUGCUCGGAAAAAGCAAAGGGCUUGGAAUUAAGAUUGCAACCAUCACAAAGAGUUCAAAGUCGAGAUUUUCUUCAAUUCCGCCGGAAGUGCAAAUGGAAAUGAAUUCAAUGAAAGAGCAAAUGCAACUUAAAGAUGAAAAAAUGGAAAGAUUGGAAGCGGAAUUGAAAGAAACUCGAGAAAUUGUGAACACCUUGGUCGGCCGUUUUGGACUACAAGCCUCGACAUCGACUCCUUCCAAUGAUGGUGGAGUAUAAAAAGGGAUGAACUUUGUUUGGUUUUUGAAUUAAAGUUUGAAACACUACAUUAUAUGCUUUUAAGUUUUUAUGUACUUUAUUAAUUUAUGUUUUGUGCUACCUUGAUAUUUAAUCCGUAUAAUUGGUUUUAAUAUUUU